AUGGGACGUGCUCACGGUAGAACGGUGGCGCGCGCACUGUGCUAUGUGGCACGGCACGGGUGGCACCGAGCGCCGCGCCGGUACUGUGCUAUGCCUCGGUUCGCUGUCACUCACGACAAGGCGCGAGGCACCCGUGCACCACGCAGAGCCCGCAGUAGUGUACGCUCGCUCGCACGGCCACCAUUAGCAUACAAUAGCGCAGGUCUUUGUGACCCGCCAAAUUACGACUAUUGCUCCCUUGUCCUCUAUCGAUAUGGAGCGAGCCUACAUUGGCAGUACCUUGUCCGCACUGCAAUCCUUAUCUCUAACAGUAUCUGA